AUGUGCCGUGUGCCGUGUAAGCAAUCAAACAACAUCAAGCACAAGGGGCGCCGCACGCGCGCUGGUUAUAUUUUUUUCACGAGCACACAUGUCGCAAGUGCCAAGCUACUGCUGCCCUCACGCGCAGACGGGUGGAGUGCCAGAUAUCCAACAAAACAUUCACCCAAGGGCGGGGUGUCGCCCUCGCCCUGCUCAACAUCCGACGAGGCCUACGUCGCGCUGUGCCGCCACAGUCCCGUCCAUCUGUGGACGUUUGCUUGGCGCGUGGCGGACCUCAGGCGCGCGAGGGGCCGCACGGGCGCGGGCAUCGGCGAGGAGGCGGAGGAACCUGGAGUGGCGGGCAGCCAAAAGCUCCGGGUAGGUGUCUAG